CGUUUCUUAGCAGUGUUGUAGACUAGAGUCAAUAACAAUAUCAUUUGCAAUACUGAUUUUUUCUGUGUUGGUGUUGUGUACUCACAGGUGAAUAUGAAGUUUGUGAUGUCACUCUCAGUGUAUAUCCACACCGGGCAAGCUUGAAAAAUAUGCCUGGGCAUUGGGCUAGUAUUCCAAAGGUCGUAGGUUCGAUUCCCACCGUGUCCAGGCAUAUUUUUCAAUCUUGCCCGGUGUGGAUAUACACCUAGAGUAACAUCACAAACAUCAUUUGCAGUACUGAUUUAAAUAUUCUGAAGGUUUAGUAAUAGUAAUUCCAAAUUCAUAUUAAGUGUAUAUUUUAAACCUUUGACAAAUAUUUCGACAAAUACCAAAAUAUCGAUUGACAUAAUAUUUACAAUUGUUGACAGUUGUGGACAAACAAACCCCUAGUAUCGUCGAACUAUAUUUCAAUCUUAUUUCUGCUGAAAUAUAUCGGGUCUUAUAGUUAUGGUAUCAAAAUAAACAAUAUGAAAUUAAAGGUCAAUGGUAUAAGUUGGAAGGUUAAGAAUUAACCACAAUAAAUAAAUGCAUUUGAAAUCAAGCAUGCGUGUCUUAUAGGUUAUCAUAUAUAUACUAUUAAUUUUAGAAGUGUGGCAUAAUUCGGAACAGUAUAGUACAAAUGAUACCUAUCGACUCUGUCGAGGAAAAGCAAGGGUCAAGUAGCGCUAGUUGAUGAAUGAUGUCAAAUUUUAGAAAGUUGAUCAGUACUAUAGACUUUGAUUAAGCGGCAUAUAUUGUGCCAUUCCAUAACAUAUAAAAUCCAUCUUUUUAUAUACCAAACGGAUAUUAAGUAAUUUUAUAAUUUCGAUGUAGACUUUGUACUCUUUGGAAAUGCGGUAAAUGCAAACGGAAAGACCAAAUUAAAAGCGUUAGUUACAAAUAAAACAACUAUAUAGUGAUUCACAGCUACGUUUUUUAUCUAAAGAUCCAUAUAUUAUACAUUGAUUCAGUAAUAUAAUGUCGGUUCCCUGCUGUGGUUGAGUGCCUUUUAUUGAGCAGUAGAUUGACGAAGGAAGCGCAAAGGACCAAUUAGAGGAGACAUUAGGUUGAUUAAUCUCUUGUCUUUUGUUUCAGCAUUAUACAAGGCGAACAGUAGCUAUGCGAGGUUAACUGCCGAAAGCUAUAGGCCGAAGUCUCGCUAAAUAUAAAGUAAACAUGUUCGAAGCGUUUUGGAAAUUCACAUUGAUUACAUGUUAUUAUCAAGUACUUGAUAAUUUCUCGUAGACAACAAAUGGCCACUUACGGUCUAUGGCUCUGGUUACUUGUUAAUUUGGUAAGCAAAUAUGGAAUUAAUACGAGUAACUACCGUGUGAUCGAAAAUAGAUUUAAUUACUUAUGUAUUUCUGUUCUUCGAAAAUCUACUGAAUUUUCGUUUUAGCAGAAUGACCAACAAGUUAUUCAACGAAUUACGAAACGAAAUAUUGAUGCUGUUGGGGAAUGUCCAAGUCAAGAGGUAAGUGUUCUUCAAUAUGAAACUAAACACAAUACUUAUUACAAUUUUUAGUUCGAGUAAUUAACUGAAUUGAUAUAUUUAUGUUUGCAGUCUCGGCAACUGAAUUCAUUUCUCUGGGCAUUGGAAAGAAAUCCCCCAGUGUACUUCUUCGGUACUAUACAUGUACCUUACACUAAAGUGUGGGAUCAUAUUCCAGCGAAUAGUGAGCGGGCAUUUUACGAAUCACAAAACAUUUAUUUCGAGCUCGAUCUUACGGACGCAGUCACAUUACAGACGCUUGCGGAAUGUCAAAUCCUCCCUGAAAGAAUGUUGCUUCGAAAGGUGAUUCCAAGGACCCUAUUCAGGCGAAUUCGAAGACACUUGUCAUAUAUUCAAAGAAUUUUCCCUCAGUGGAUUACAAUGGAGCAGCGUAUGAGGGGUUUAAAUCCAAUAAAAUUAUUCUUAUCAAUGACAAAAGACUGGCGAAAGAAGAGACCUAUCUGGAUAAUGUUGUUGCUGAACGCUUUGAACGAAUACGAUACCAAAAGUCGUGGUGUUUCAGUCCUCGAUACGUUCUUGAUUCGUGAAGCUGCUUCAAGGAAUAAGAGGAAGGGCUCGAUUGAAAGUGUCGAAGAACAAUGUGGGCCUCUCAAUGCUCUUAAUAACAGUCAGGUAAUCCUUUUGAAACUAAAAACCUUUGUAUAUAUAUAUAACGUACUCCGGAUUAACGUUCUUGCGUACUCAUGAUUUAACAAUAUAUAUUGUUUCAAAAGUAAUGAUUACUUAUCCUACAAUUUAUUCUUGCAAGUUUGAUAAUGAUUUGAAAUUAAAUCGAGAUAUUUAAUUCGAACUUGUUUUCUCUCAAAAAUCUGGGUUGUUUCUGAUGUUUCAAUAUUUCAAUGCAACCUAAAGUCGCGUAGGCUUGUAAAAAAUUACAGUAUGACAUACAGUAUAUAUAUCUGUUAUUUUCAGGCAUUUUUUCACAUGCAUGCAGUAAUAAAUUGAACAGAUUUAGUUUUUCCUCUUUUGAACUGAUACGCUGUUUUGGUACUAUAUAUAUAGGUCAAGAUGGACGGUGUGUCCAACUGCAUGGUUCUGUAUUCUAUUUAAGUAUAAUUUGGCAUGGAUUUUUAAUUCGCAGUUCGUUCCCACAGGCACGCCUUCAGUUCCCAGGCAUUAACAUGCAACAACGCACUUAGCUAAUUUUGGUUAUGUCCGAGAGGUAUAGACCUUGUUAAUAUUUGGAUCAAAAUAAUUAUCUUUUUUCGGUAAUCAGUUUUUAUUAUGAUUAUCAUGCGGUAUCGAUUUGUGAGAACAUUAUAUAUCAUUGAAGACACACCGCAAUGAAGUUUAUACAAAUGUCUGCCUGGUACAAGAACCUGAUACUCUAUAGUUUUUUGCCUUUAUUACGAGAAUAAUAAUGGCGAAUUUUGCCUAAAAAAGCCGUAAGGUCGCUGAGUUGGAAUUAAAUUGAAUCACGUUUCUAUAUAGAUAUAAACAUGCACGCAACAAAUUAUGGUUGAAAACUUAUAUUACAUUAGGCAUUUCUGUUCAUGCGAAAUGCCUUGAAAAACGUAAAUUGUGGAAAAGCUAUUUGAAACUGCCUUUGGUAGCGGGUUCAAGAAUUCGCAAUGUACCCCUCAUGCAUUUAUGCUCGAUCAUUGCAAUUAAAAUCCAAAUUAAAAACCAUUAUUAUUAUACUUUCGUCUAAUUUGCGCAUACAUCACAUCAAGCCAUGCAUGCAUGCCCAUGCUAACUAUAUUUUCUGAUACUGACAUAGCUAACUGUACUUCUUUAUAUUGCUGCGGUUAUAUCGCAUAUAAAUGUAUAUAGUGGGGUCAUGCAGAAAUGUUAUCUAGUUGACGAACCGUGUAACCGCAUAAGAUCUCCCAUCGCUUGCAGCUUUUGUCUUCAUUGAGACUUCAAUUUGAGGGUGUCCACAAUCGACAUCCGAGCAAUCGAUAAUAUACUAAAGCUUACUAGACUGCGUAGUUUUUCUAAUAUGAAUGUAUUUAAAAAAUGAGAAGAUAUACUGUAGUAUUAAGUAAAAUAGUACUGGCACAUAUAUUCUGUACGUAGGGACACCUUACAUCACUUCCAUCAGAACAUUGAACAUAAUUAUUUUUAACCCGCCGAGGUUUCUGCAUGAAAAAAAAAUCUGCAUUUAUCUGUAUGAAUGCUACAGUAUACUAUAGGUAUGCCAAUUUCAAAGGUGAAUUUAUAAAUAUCACUGUAUUGAAAUUACUUUGAAUGAUUUAAGGUGCGCUUUUGGUGAAGAAUUUUACCAGUUAUAGACACAUUCUAAACCUUAUAAUUCGUAUACGCAUGAAAAGGAGUGGCCUUGCGCACUAAUAGCCCAGAAUGGUUUUGUAAUUUUCAUCAACUAACCCCAUUAAGGCAUGUUUGCAACACAUUCAACCAAUUUGGUCAGUGUAUCCAAAGCCUAUUUUACGUGCCGGUGAGAGACUGAAAUGAAGGGCUUCCCAUCCUUGAAACUGUGCGAAAAGAGGCAGAAGCGCCUUUUAUAUAUUAGUGACAGUUAGAUUCCCCUAUAGCAAGUCACACAUAAUAUUGUACACAAUUGCAUUGUACAUACAGUACGUAUACGGUACCCAACAUAAAGGCCUAAUGAACAGCUCAACAACCAAUCUAAAGAUUCUAUUAAGAUAAAUAUAUAAAUUUAUCAAUGGCUGCAAGUCAACAAGUUUCGUUAGACACAUUAAUCACCUUACCUUUUUAGGUCAAUGGAAUUAUUAAGCAUUAUCCAGAACGCAUGUGGCCUUAAAAAUAAAGCUAAAAAUGAAUGGGGUGGGGAGUAAUUACCAUUAAUGCUUUCAACGGUGACUUGAAUUAGGCCCACACUGUCAGUGGUGGACAAAAUUCACGUGGAGAGUUAUUGUAUUGACCAACGUCUUUGUACAAUGCCAUUAUAUUAAUGUGGACAAACACCAGCAGCCCCAUGUUGAUAAAAUUAACAUACAAACAGCUUGUGUUCAAUACAACACGCCGAGAAUUUAACUUUCCGUUACAAAAAAGAGUCUUUGUCUUGUACAUGCAAUGUCAUGUAAUGUCAAGUGCCAGCACUUAAAUAUAAGUUUCCGCUUUGCAAUUCUGCUCCGUGAUUUGCUCGUUGCAAAGAUCAAAGUGGCAAAAUUUUUCGAAUAACUUAGACUGAACAUUUUCAAAAGAAAACUAUGUGACUCGUUUACGGUCUAUUUUAUUAUAAAUUUCCUUGAUAUAGCUUAGCGUUUAAGCUCUAGUUGUUGCACAAUAUUUAUCUUUGCGAUACAUAACUGGAACAUGGACAGUAAUGCGUGAUGUGUAUAUAAUUCUAGAACAUAAUUUAAACGCAAAGUGUGAGUUGAUUGGCCAAUAGUAGUGCGUGUUGUCAUUUCAUGACGUCGUGUAUUCUUUAUAGCAUAUAUAGGUGUAUGAGUUGGCAUGAGCCACAACUUUUUAAAGAGGACAUUAUGAAGCUUUAGAUUAACAAAAUGAACAAAAUUAACAAAAUAAAGCUUUGACAAGUGCUUCAUGCCUUCAACUACGUUUGAGCUCGAACGCGAUACAUGGUAAUGUUGGGGAAGCAUAAUAUGGUCAGAAAAGCUAUAUUAGGUCGCGUGAUUAUGAUCAACUCUAGUGCACUGUCAUCCGAGUUAUGUAUGUAGUUUUUCCUACCAAAGCCCACAUUGCAUGACGCAACGAUACACCAAUGGAAAAUUAUCACGAAUGAGACUAUUAAAUAAGAGCGCUGUAUCUAACUUAGCGUCAACUAAUCACUUAAUUUAAGGCAUAUAGAAAGAUAUAUCGUGUAACAAUAUGAGGCUUAUGCAAAUGAGAAGAAGGAAUUGGGAGAACCGCUGUACCGAUGUUAACCCACCACUCGUGGCUUCCUGCAUCCCUUUUGUGGGGGUUUAUUUAGCGGAUCUCCUUUCUUGUUUGCAUGUAUGUAUAAGAUUCAUAGAUUAUGCCAAGCAUUAUUACUGCACUAUACAUUUACAUACUGUAACUCUAAUCCAUUCAUGAAUCCAGGUACAUAUUCCAACUAAACAAGUGCAUGAGUGUCGCAAGAGGCUUGUGUUUAAUUGCAUGCAUAUAAAAGAAUUGCCUAAUAUUGAACAACAAAGUCCUCACAUCUCGAACAUUCUCAUUCUUUGUUCAAAAAAGGUAUUUUAGAAAAGGCUGGAAGUGUUGUAUACGCCCUCAGCCACUCCAUGCAUCUAGCAUUUUUUCUUUUAUUACAAACACAUUCUUUUAACGCCCAGAGGUCACUUUCUAUAGCAAAUGAAAAAAUUUAAAAGCUCCAAUAAGUUCCAAACAUUCCUUUACAUUCUGUGUAACGGGAUUAACCUAAAAACACACGUAACCAACAUGCAUAUGAUAAUAACAAUAAUCACAUGGAAUACACGACUACAUGGAAUCGAUGAAUGGGAACGAGAUUCGGGAUGAAAUAUCGAAAUUUUCGCACACAUUUAUUUGAUUUAUUUGAUGUAUUUUUAGCCUGUGCCACGUAGACUGUCUUGAUUCCUCAUAGAUCCGAGUCCUGCUUCUAUCUCGAUUCCUCUGCUAUAUAAGAGGAAUCGAGCUUGAGUCUAUCACCUAUGCUAAUGCAUGUUGGGAGUAACUGAGAGACACGCGGGCAUGUCUGGGGAACACAUGGAUCAAGAUAGAUUUUGCAAUGAAAACACCGGAAGAAAAGCAAUUAUAAAAUUUGCGAACAAGGCAACAUGUAAGCUGUGGGAAACAAAUAAAAAAUUAUUGAGCAAUUGACGAGAAACUCAGGGCCCCUCUUGGAGGACCCUUAUAUAACUGUUUCCCAAAAUAUGUGCUAGGUCGAAGUGAUAUAUGGAUUGUAUUUUACACGCAUAGCAGCUGAUAUACAAGUAUUUUUAGUGGAUUAUCGCAUGCGUAAGUUGCGCAGUAAUUAUUAUCCUGCUACUUAAUUUACGGAAAGAGCUCUAACAUGACAAUUGUGACAUAAUAGUUAAUGAACGUACAUUGUUAGGAAACUAUGCUUUCAUCAAGGUUCUCGUGUAUCUUAUGCACGGUCACGGUUAGUAUAAUUGGCUUGUAUUGCUAAUUUUUUUACAUGCAUUUACUAAAGCGGUUGAUGCGUAUUACCUGGACAUGGAGUGUUUGGUUUUAGUGGAUGCUCGACGUGCAGAAUUUCUAAAGACUUUCAUAGGAUUGUAGGCCUAUUAUAUUUUUAUAACCAUGUUUCGAUAGAAUAUGUCUCUCUGCCGUCGUUUAGCCAUUUCUAACUUCUCCGGUUCAAACGCGGUUCAAAACAUUUCUAAAAUUUGCCGGCCUGAUUAACCAUGUCGUCGUUGUAUUAACUAAUAUAUGGUGAAAUAAUGCCCCCCCCCCCCCAGUUAUGAACUAUUCAUGUUCCUUUCAACCCCACCCUAUAACUGCAAUACCAAUAGUAAUACAGAUAUUUGAACACCAUAAUUUUUUCCCUAUUUUAGGUCAUUGUUGCCCUCAAUCAGACUUUAAUUUUACAUGAAAAAAUAAGGCGUGGUAAAGCCGAGAUGACAUACUCCACCAAAGAACUGAUUUAUCAUUAUAACUGUGGUGAUCUGAACGAGGUGCUGUUUGCACAAGACUUGUCGAAAGUGGUCAGUCUGCAGAAUUCAUCGCAUUCCAGCAACCAUAAUGAAAUGGAACAGGCAAGAAAACUGGAUGAAUAUUUGAGAGAAGAGUUGAUUUACAAGAGGAAUCGAAGAAUGGCGAAACGAGUUCUGAAGCUUAUCAAAGAAGAGCCAAAGAAAAAGUUUUUCUUCGCCUUUGGCGCAGGUAUUACUUACUUUUGCACAGUCCUUUUCAACUGACCUGAGUGUUUUUAUUAGAAUGCAAUGUGAAAUUUGUUUACUGCCAAUAAAACAUUGCUUUCAAUCCACCUCUACCAAGGGAUCAAAUGUACAUUUUUCGUAUAAGACCUUCAAACUAAGAUCGUAAUUCAUUGUUUUGACACGUGAAGAAGCAUCCAACAAAUAAAUUUCAGCCAUAUAUAUAAUCGGCAAGAACGAUUACUAUUUAAUGGCAAUGCGAACUUUCACCCUCAUUUACAUGAGACGCUGAUUGAGACCGGUUGACUUUAAAUUAUAUCAGAUACACGAUAACGAGGCUCUAUAGCCAAUGUAAAGUAGCCUACUAUCCGUGAGGUAGUGUACAUGUAUUGGAGUUAAGCCAUGACUUUCGUGUUCGACAUCAUGAAAUAGUCUUCAUGCAUCUUUAUUUUUUAUCCGCUUCAUGCGAAUCGAUCUUGCCGCUAAAGAAAUACGUCUUGGGAAGAUUGUAUGAAGUUCGGAAACGCUAUACAGUAGAUGACCUCUCUAAACAUUAUGGUGCAAAUUAUGCGAUUGAUGAUUUUGACUAUAGACAUUUUCAAAGAACCUUUUUAUCCCGUACUAUAUAUAGCUAAUUGGAAAGUCCAUUGGUGUAGCCAUAAAAUUGCGAUCGAACAAGUGCUUUCGCGAAUCUCCGAUAAAGGCGAGAAAAUGUUUAAAAUAUCGUCUACUCUAUGACUGGGGCUAUAGGCCAAGUCAAGUCUAAAAUAAAUAUGUUCUCCCCGCCUUAUUUGCAGCAAGAAGUUUUAUUACUCCUGCGUAAAUUCUAUAGUCAAUUUGCUAGAGCUUUAGCGAAAGCAAUACUGUUCAUGCGCAAUCUAUAAGGAGUCGAUCAAUACGAGGAGAUUUGCUAGACGGAUGUUUGUGUUACUGAUAUCUAUACUACCGUCCAUGCAGGAGACAAUCUGUUGCACUCCUCAGUGGAGGAAUAAGUCGUUUUCUGGCUUUGAGAACGCGAAUUUCACAUUCUAUAACAUGUAUAUAUGAUUCUAUAUAUGUAUAUAUGAUAUGGUUAUACAGUCGAACCUUUAUUAAGCAGCCCUCCAUUGAGCGACCACCCUCUAUUAAACGGCGGCCACAUAUCGAAGUCCCGAUAUUUUUGUAAUACAAAUACUAUAAACUAUCCCUUUAUUAAAUGGCCACCUCUAUUAAGCGACCGCGGCCACCCAAAGAGCGGUCCAAAAUUAUGUUUUAUGCCAAUUUUCACCUCUAUUUAGCGGCCAGCCUGCAGAUUUACUCGGCACAACACCUUAUCAAGAGCGCCGCAAAUAAAAGUCAAGCUAAUUUGCUUUAUUUGUAAAAUAAUGCUUAAAAAUUAUGUUUUAACGCAUGCUACUUUCCACCUCAAAAGCAUUGUCUGUAGUAAAUGUAUCAGUACGUGUUUGGCGCCCUGAUAGUUCUAAAGUCUACUCACUAUUGUACUCUGUGAUUUAUAAUUAAAAUAGACAUUUGACUACGCCCAGGGUCUAUUAUUUGCGUACCUCUAUUUAGCGGCCAUCUCUAUUAAGCUAAUAGAGGUUCGACUGCAUAUGUAUGCAGCUAUUUCAAUUAAGGUUGUCCACGAGCAAAGCGGAAAGUCGAAUACGAGCGCGAAAGCCUGCUGGGAAUUGUUAACAAACUAAUGAAUUUUCUAAGCGAUUCCCAGCAGCCUUUCGCGCUCGUAUUCGACUUUUCCGCUUUGCUCGUGGACAACCGUAAUUGAAAUACCUGUAUAUGAGUUGCAAGUGUUCCGACUUUUGUCCUAUUUAGGUCAUUUUCUGGGGAACGGUAGUGUUAUAGAAAUAUUGAGGAUGCAAGGACAUAACGUUACCCAUAUUCAGGCUGAUGACCCACUACCUAGGUAAGGACAAACUUGACUUAACCAUCUAAGUUUAUGCUCGAUUUAUGAAUAAGUACUGUCUAUAAAACAAUCUUUUUUGAGGCGAAAACCUAACCUUAUUAUUUUUCUGUGUUGGUGUUGUGUACUCAGGUGAAUAUGAUAUUUGUGAUGUUACUCUGAGUGUGUAUCCACACCGGGCGAGCUUGAAAAAUAUGCCCGGCCACGGUGGGAUUCGAACCUACGACCUUUGGAAUACUAGCCCAAUGCUCUUCCAACUGAGCUACGCGGUCAGGACGGUUCGAGUAAGUGAUAUUUCGGAACAGAAUCUAGUUCCUUCGAUACCAGUGUAAUCUUGUAAUAUGAUUUUUCUGUGUUGGUGUUGUGUACUCAGGUGAAUAUGAUAUUUGUGAUGUUACUCUGAGUGUAUAUCCACACCGGGCGAGCUUGAAAAAUAUGCCCGGCGACGGUGGGAUUCGAACCUACGACCUUUGGAAUACUAGCCCAAUGCUCUUCCAACUGAGCUACGCGGUCAGGACGGUUCGAGUAAGUGCUAUUUCGGAACAGAAUCUAGUUCCUUCGAUACCAGUGUAAUCUUGUAAUAUAUACAUAUAGGAACUAGAUAUAUCAUUCUUGCUUUAGUUUUGAAAAUGUUUGCUUAGUUAUAUUACAAUUAUGCAUCAGCUGCAGGCGUUGCUUCUUCGGCCUUUCCAUCACCCUUCUCCUCUUCCUUGGUUUCCUCGCUCUUUUCCUCAUCUUUCGGCUUAUCACCGCACGGAAGUGCUUUCAGUAGCUCAGUCAAUGCGUCCACCACUGCUGAUGAACCUGGUAAUGAACCUGAUUGACCAAUCAACUGCGCACUUAAUCCCGCGAGUGACAGAAAACCACUUUAUUCUGCGAUUUGGAAUGUUACUAGAUGUAUUUGCUUUCUCUUUUGAAAUUAAAAUCUUAGCGCAAUUUCUCCUUUGUUCAUUUAAACUGUCUUAAUUCAAGGUAUGGAAGCAUGCGUACAGUGAAGAAUCUCAAGAAAGUUUGGCGGACGCGCAAACGAAACAAUGAGAGAAGGAGACGCAGGAGAAGAAGAAAGGAGAAAAUAAGAAGGCCGAAUGUUGACAAUCUUUGGAAGAGGAUUUAUACCUGGACAUUCCGUCCUGAUAUUUUGAAACCAACGUAAGUUACUUUGCAUGUCUUUGUUUCGAAUUGAAAACUGAUAGCUCUCUAACUCCCAGUGGACCCUCACAAACGUGCUCUCACAGACGCUAUCUUACCUUCACAGAACUCGUCCGCUUGAAAGAACGACAAAAUCAGCAAGCACUUCAAGCAGUACCGGUAUCGAUGCAACUGAUUCUUCCGCAACGUCGUGUAGCAUCACUGCUUGGUUGCUCUGGAUUUAUAUGUUUCUUAUUAUAAGAGAAAUAUUUUAGUGUAGAUAUCCAGUGAUAAAAUAUCCACGACAAUUGAUAAUUUCGCACUAGGUGUCAAAAUCUUCAGAGAAUAAUUUUGUUGAAUGCAAGGAUAUAACACCGGUAUAUAAUGCGCAUAAUAAUGAUGGCAUAUUGAAUUGCACGUUUUCCCCUUUAUAACUGCACUUCGAACAAACAGCGAUUAAUAUAUAUAUAUAUAUAUAUAUAUAUAUAUAUAUAUAUAUAUAUAUAUAUAUAUAUAUAUAUAUAUAUAUAUAUAUAUAUAUAUAUAUAUAUAUAUAUAUAUAUAUACUGUACUAUAUAUAACGUGCUUGAGAAAAAAACAUUGUAAUACCCAAGGUCAAUUAAGUUAUAGAAAUUUUUCUUUUUGAAGACCCUAAAUUAACAUGGCAAGAGUAGUUGCGAUAAAACAUUACACAUCUCUUCUGAGCCAGGGAGCCACGUGCAUGCUCAUUAAUCGUGACCUAUAAUUGCCGUUUGUCUUGGCUCUGAGCGAAGUUCGCUGGCCAGUAUUUGUGACAUAACUGGGGAGCUUAAACAAGCGAUGUUUUGGUGAAAAAGGACGUCAGUUUGUGGUAAUCAUCAGCACAUAUGACUAAAACAAUUUUUUUUCCUCGCAUGAACGCUAUAUGCGCGAAAUACAGCCAACAUAAGUUAUACCAAUUUUCGGAUGACGUCCAUUGACAAAAACGUCGAUUGCUUAAGCUCACUAUUAACGAAAGGGGGUUAUCAGAAUAAUCAUUGACGCAUUUAGUAUUUAUGGAACCCUGUCUGAUGUUCCUGCCAUGCAGAUAGAUAUAGAGGACCGAUUUCGUGCUAAGCCUGCAGCUGUCAGCGUAAACACCGUCAUGUCUCCAGGCAGCCUGCAUGCGCUAAGAGGAGAAAACAUUCGAAAUGGGGCGCGGUGGGGUACAUAUAUCAUAUUAGCCAACUGACAAAAAGCAUGGCGACUAGGUGGUAGCAAGGGUAACCGAUGUUUGACCCGGUCGAACCCCUUUGAGGUAUAUACUCUGGGUCACUGGUCUUGUCAACAUAUCCUAAACAUAUACUUCAUGUUUGAGGCUUUCGUUCGUUACCCUGGUUUUAAUAAAUGAAGGAAAAUCCCAGUUGAAUUGCAUUCGCGACCUAACGUUUCGACACUCCAGUUAUAUUGUGUUCGCCCACGGGUAAAUAAGAAGCCACGUUGCAACUUCAGAUCACCCCUGAUGAAGACACUAUAGUGUCGAAACGUUGGGUCGAAAAUGCAAUGUGAGCGGGCUUUGUACAAUUGCACUCAUUUAUUAAAACCAGCGUAGCGAGCGAAAACUUGGUUGUUAUUCUCAACAACAGCAAGUGCAGCCAGUUGGAGUUCAAUUCAAAUCUAGUUAAUGUUCAUUACUAUGUAUGUAAAAUUUACAAAAAUCAAAGGUACUAUUAGAUGGUCUAGAUGUGGGUGCGGGGGGGGGGGGCUGAAAAUCAGGAAACGGUGAAAAUUUUGGAAUUUUAACUGCAAACAUUUUGAUAUUUUAACUGUGUAUCUUUGAGUCUGCUGAAAAGUGUUCUGAAACAAUAAACAAUAUUUUUUUCCUUAAGAUUCCCGUUAAAUUUUUAGUGUUUUCACGACUGACGGUAACCAAAAACCCUCUUAUUAACCCAACCAACCCAAUUAUGUAAUUAGAAACUGAAAUGUGUGCUUUUCCAUAGCAAAGAGAGGUGCAAAGUAAUUAGGCACUAUAUAAUUUUCACUGGUUUUGUUGCACCUGGUUAGACUAUGAUAUUGCCAAAUAAAACGACAUGGAAACCAGGAUAAGUGCUUGUAAAUAAUGUACAUGUUUCAUGCUAAUUAUAGAAGAUGUAAUGGCGAACACUAAGAAAUUACAUUUUAUCGUUGUAAUUGUAUUUGUAAUAUCC